GGGGUAAAUCCUGGCCCGCUGCUAACUUGUUACCGUGGCAAUCAUGUUCUGCCAGCACGUUUAGUGCGUCUCGCCGAGAAUCAACACAUGGGCCUCGAGGACCUUUAUCUUCUCUUGUCCCACUGUCUCCAGCAACCUGCUGCCUCGGAUUUGCUGUGCCUCCGCUUUUGUCGCAAGUUCGAUCACUCUUGGCCACCUCAACACCAAGCGCCGUCGGCUUCCUUUUCUCUAGAGCCAUCAUAUAAGGAUGUCCGACUAUCCUAGUAUGAGAAACAUCGACCUCCAAGCGUUACUCAAGAAUCGUAGACUUCCUCACACUGGGAACAAAGCCACUCUAAUUAAACGACUCUACGAUGACGACGCGUUGGAACGGCUUUUCAGGCCUCUACAAAAUCCCGACGAAGAUUGUUACGAGCUUCGCAAAUUUGUUCAUCGAGAGAACCUUCUCAAGAUCACAGCUCAACUUCAGAAGGGCAUGUUCAGUACGGCCAAGAAAACCUCUAUUUUGAAAGAUCUUAAAGACGGAAAAUGCCACGAACUAAGCUGUUGUCUUUGUGGCAUCGGGAAAUUGUCAAAGGCUACGGAGAACUUGUUCGGCCGAGGCUCCAGGUGUGAAGACGGCACUUGUGCAAACCUUAUGAAGUGCCAUAAAUGUCGCAGUGGCUUAGAGGAGCCAAACGAGGCAUACCUUCGACGAGAACAAGACAGUUGCACCGAUGCGUCUUGCGGCAACCUGUCUCGGUGCUUUCGAUGUGAGACUUGCAUUCGAGAUGCUAUCAUUCCUACCAGCGUGCCUGGCUAUUUCCCAGCUCCAUUCAAUCCGGUCAGGGAGAUGGGACAUAAGACUGAAUUGAUGUUCAGGGUAGUAGAGCUGCGAAGAUGCGUACACAAUCGAUAUCUUCGCAAGCUCAUACUCAAGCUCCGAAACGAAAGCCCUGGUCCUACUGAGUGGAAGUUCAUUAAGCAGAAGCUGCUGAAUGGACAGUGCCUCGGACUGGCAUGCUCCUUCUGCGACUUCAAACCUCUGGCUGAAUCAAUGAAGACCCUCUCGGAUGGUCCUGAUGUCGACUGCGGCGGAGAGAUACUAGCCAGCUGCAAGGACCAAAACAAGUGUCCAAGCUGUCGACAAACCCUACAAGGCAUUGCCGACAAGUUUUCUCGGGGUUGCUAUGGUUAUUGCAAGAAGAAUCUGCACUGCGGUCUCACCACCAUGUGCUCUGGAUGUAGAGACCGGCUACAGACAUUCGGCGGCACUCAACAAGCUGCUAAGGACAGCCUAGCUGAAGAGAUAGUAGAUAUGGAGGGACACUGUCUCAACGGUGACUGUGGUAGCAUCAAUCCUUGCGGUGCCUGUCAAUGGGAACAAUAUGCACAGAAGUUGAAGCGAAACGGGAGGGGAGGAUGGCAUGAGAAGAAAAAGCACAAUCGCCUAGAAACGACAGAUCGACGCGCGGGACCGCUUUCGGCUUUAUCCUCCAAUGCCAGUUACGACAGCGUCGAGCGCCCACGACACGGUAUCAUCGAUGCCAUGAUAGGCCCUCGAAUGCGUAACGAAGACCUUCGUCGUCGUCGCGCCAGCAAGAUUCUUACGGGAUACACCGAAAGCUACGAGGGUCCAGCUUCCAGUGGCACUCGCAAGAGACGAUUCAGCAAUCUCGGCCUUGAGUACCCAUUACCAUCUCGCCAUCCUUUGGCUCAAUGUAUCAGGGACGAGGAAAAACGAGAGGAGCUGGAAAGGGCGCGUGCACAAAAACACCACGAACGGCCCUCCUGGUUCGGUACUCAGGAAGAUCCACUGCCAGACUUCUGGAUGGGCCGUCCAAUCCUAUCUGAAAAGGAGAUCAGUAUCUUGAAGUGUCUACCCUCCAUUCCCAAGUACUAUCUGUCCGAGUCGGAGGAUAACGACAUUCUGCUCCCCGAAGGAGCAAAAGAGAAGCGAUUGUGCACUGUCAUUCGCAGAUUGGAGGCUGAACUCAUGUCGCGCGAUUUCUGGAUGCAGAGUCUGGGCUACAACGCCGCCGAUGCUUUUGGUAAAUUUCCUUCCGGUCACUACGUAGUUGCGGGUACCGAUAGUCUGUCUUAGUCUUGCAUUGUAGGAAAAGGAUUAGUUUGCUUUGAGGGCAGCGCUGUUUUUGGUGGACCUUUAUGUCUUAGUGUAGUCGUUUUUUAGCUAGUAAGAGGAAACAAGAAUGUGUCUUUCUUUU